UCUACAAGGAUCCACGUCAUAUCACAUUAGAUAAUAGUGGGCGUCGUCAAAGCGUGCGGUACUUGAUCGUUGUAGCGGAAAAAGUUGAAUUGCUAUCAACUUGCUCUAUUAAUUUCUCAGAAAACUACAGAAGUUGGACGCUCGGCCUUUUGGUUAGGUCGGUGGGUUGUAUAACAACUUGCCAUUUUGCUUUAAAUUGGAGCUCAUUUGGAGGACUGUGGAUAUUGCUGGGAGAAUAGGAUAAGACUAAGAUGGGUUCGUAUGGAAAGCUUGCAAGGAGGUCUUUGGAGACUGACACGCCAGUCAUGGUUCAGAUACAGGAACUGAUCCGAGGAGCCAAAAGUGCCGUGUCUUUGGCUCAGGGAGUUGUCUAUUGGAAACCACCAAAGCAGGCCUUGGAUAAGGUGAAAGAUCUUGUGUAUGAGCCAUCCAUCAGUAAAUACGGUGCGGAUGAAGGUAUCCCUGAACUCAGGGAAGCCCUGGUAAAAAAGCUGCACAAUGAAAACAAAUUAUACAAAUCCUCAGUGAUGGUUACUGCUGGUGCAAACCAGGCAUUUGUAAAUCUUGUUCUUACAUUAUGUGAUGCUGAUGAUUCUGUGGUUAUGUUUGCACCGUACUACUUCAAUGCCUACAUGUCCUUCCAGAUGACUGGCAUCACUAACAUACUGGUGGGUCCUGGUAAUCCCACGACCCUAUAUCCGGAUGCAGACUGGCUAGAAAGAACAUUGUUGGAAACUAAACCAGCCCCGAAGCUUGUUACUGUUGUUAAUCCCGGCAACCCAUCUGGGACUUACAUUCCAGAGCCUCUUCUUAAGAGGAUAUCAGAUCUCUGCAGAGAUGCUGGAUCUUGGCUCAUUAUAGAUAAUACAUAUGAGUACUUCAUGUAUGAUGAUUUAAAACACUCAUGUAUGGAGGGAGAUCACAUAGUCAACAUAUUUUCCUUCUCCAAAGCAUAUGGGAUGAUGGGAUGGCGGGUGGGAUACAUAGCAUACCCUUCAGAAGUAGAGGGCUUUGCAGCUCAACUCCUCAAAGUUCAAGAUAACAUUCCCAUCUGUGCUUCAAUACUUUCACAACAUCUUGCCCUUUACUCCUUAGAAUUGGGACCUGAAUGGGUUACUGAGCAAGUAAAAAAUCUUGUCAAGAACAGAGACCUUGUUUUGGAAGCGCUGUCUCCCCUUGGAGAAGAUGCUGUUAAGGGAGGAGAAGGUGCUAUAUACCUGUGGGCAAAGCUUCCAGAGAAAUAUGUCGAUGACUUCAAAGUUGUUCGGUGGCUUGCUCAUAGGCAUGGGGUGGUUGUGAUCCCAGGGAGUGCUUGUGGGUGUCCAGGGAAUGUUAGGAUCUCCUUUGGAGGCUUGGUAGAGAGUGAUUGUAAAGCUGCUGCAGGGAGGUUGAGCAGAGGGUUAGAAGAGCUGGUCAGAGAUGGGAUGGUGGAGUAACCCAAAAUUUUUAAGGUUAAUUCAAAACCUUGAAAUUGGAAGUACAUUUGCAUUUCAAUAAUGGGAGCCUUAAUAAAAUUCGAACACUAAUUUUGGUUUUGUAUAUUCAAAAGGUUAUUUCCGAGCACAUACCUUUACUUUUAUAGAGUGAUGUUUAAUACAUGCAAAAUGCUUCUUUCUUUGACAA